AUGACAAUUGAAUUUUGGCAAGAGACAGCUGAACUUAAAAGGAAGAACGUUGCUGCACAAGUUCCAAAGGAAUGGAUGUUAGAGAGGGUACCAACACCCGAAGAGGAGCCCAAUGCCUAUGAAUAUCUCAAGAAGUGUUUGCCAAAAGAAGAAAACGAUAUUGCUGACUUAACUAUUAUCGAAUUGGCACAGGAAAUCGCCAGAGGCACUUUUUCGAGUCUCCAAGUCACUACAAUUUUCUGCAGACGAGCAGCUUUGUUGCACCAAUUAACAAACUGCUGUAGCGAAAUUUUUUUCGCAAGAGCACUUGAUAGAGCAAAAGAAUUAGAUCAGUACUUUGCACAAAAUGAUAAAGUGAUUGGUCCUUUGCACGGUAUUCCUAUUUCUUUAAAGGAUCAAGUUAAUUUAGAAGGGAUCGAUUCCGCGAUAGGUUAUGUGAGUCUAGUUAAUAAACCGAUAAAGAGAGCCCAAAUUUCAAACAUUGCGAAUAUUUUAGAUGACCUUGGAGCAGUGCUUUAUGUCAAGACGACUACACCAGUUGCUAUGAUGUCUGCCGAAACUGUUUCAAAUAUAUAUGGUUCUACUCUUAAUUCAUGCAAUCGGAAAGUUUCUUGCGGUGGCUCAUCCGGUGGCGAGGGUGCAUUAGUAGGAGCUCGUGCUUCUUUAUUGGGUUUGGGAACUGAUAUUGGGGGAAGCGUUAGGAUACCAAGCGGAUUUCAAGGUUUAUAUGGGUUGAGAGGAUCAUCAAACCGUCUUCCAUACUGUAAUAUUAGAAAUUCUAUGGCAAACCAACCUUUGGUUUGCUCAGUUGUUGGACCUAUGGCCACAGAUAUAGAAGAUUUGAAACUAUUCACUAAACUUGUUAUUGAUUCCAAGCCAUGGUUGAAAGAUCCCAAAUGCCCCCCAAUUCCUUGGAGGGAAUUCAAGGUAAGUGAAAAAUUGUCUUUUGGGUUUAUUGACGUAAGUGUAUAUUCCUACAUCCACCCUCCAAUUAAAAGGGCUCUCAAGAUGGUCAAAGAACGCCUCUUAAAAGAAGGUCAUGAAAUUAUCCAGUUUGAACCACCAAUAUCAUUUCCUCAAAUGGCUGAACUUUGGCAUAGAAUUGUUUGCGCUGAUGGAGGUCGCGAAAUCUCAGAAGAGUGCAGGAGAUCUGGCGAACCAAUCCGCGAAGAAAUUCUUGUUGCAAACGAUGAUGGAAGUGUUUCAAAAGAAGCCUGUAUUACUGAAUUUUGGGAUGAUGCUGGAUUGCAGUACAAAUAUCAGCAAGAAUUUGAUCAGUAUUGGCUCUCGACAUCUUCCAUGACGAAAACUGGGAGACCAGUAGAUGGGCUUCUCCUUCCAUUGCUGGCAGUCACUUCCUAUAAAAUUGGUGAUUGUAAAAACUUUUUCAGCUUAUUUUUUACACAAGCUUUCAAUCUCUUGGAUUAUACAGUAGUUACAACUCCUGUGACAAAAGCUGACCGGGAUGUUGACUUGAUUGAAACACAAUAUCAACCAUUGAAUAAGCUUGAUGAGUUAUCUUACAAGUAUUAUGAUCCUGAAUUAUUCCAUGGGACACCUGUCGGUAUUCAAGCCGUUGCACCAAGGUAUGAAGAAGAACGGGCAAUACAUUUAUCGCAGACUAUUUCUAAAGUACUCAAUAGCUAA